CCCGUUCCUUACCUACUUACUCUCCAUGGUCAGCAAGCUAAGCCAACCGCCCGCACCUUGUGUUGCCUCGCAAACGCACCGAACUCAAUCCACGAACCUUAAGCGAAAUCGCAUGCACUAUAAAAGCAUCGCUCACCUCGAGCUCUUUUAGACAAAGGCAUCCAUGCCUCACGAAUUCCGUACCUGAAGAGUCACUCAAAUCAAGAUCCGGAACCAGGGCUUCUUUUCAAACCCCAUCCCGUCUCGCCAACCAACACCCGGAUCUUGAUCAGACUCGCCAUCAUCCCCUCGACCCAAACCGCAUCGAUACCUCCGACGACCACACAUCACUCGCCAUCAUGGUCACCACGUCCGUUGAGGCGCCUCGCGUCGCCCGCAGGCCCAUGCAAAUCAAACCAGCCAUUCCACUGCCGCAUCUCAAACGACAAGCUGCUGCCGCAGCUGCUCGCCAGCGCCCCAUUACUCCGGCUUCGGAGACCAAAGGUAGUGAUGCGGCCAAAUCCGAGCUUGGCUCUUCCUCGCCCGCGAGUCCGGCCACAAACACGACAAAGGUCAAUGCGGAAAGUCUCAAGGUUCACGGCAAUCCAUCUCCGCCUCCCACAGCGUCUACCGAUGGUCCCACCGUCGCUGAAAAUGCGAAUGAUGAAUCCUCCACGCCGGAUGCCGCGCAGCCUUUCAAUGCUUCUCCUACAACCGGCCCCGAAGAGACCAAGCCGCAAGCCCAGGCCAAUGGCCACAAGCACCAGGAGAGCAACCAGGCGCUGAACGGACAUGUCGAGGAGUUCAAGCCGCGUCCUGGUAAGUCCAUGCGGUCCAGCCUACCAGCUCCGAUGCUUACUCGACCAGCGUCCUCCAUUGCCAACGAGAACAUCCACGCACAGCACCCCGCCGGCGACGGAAUGUCGGUCCCUGUCGCUCACCAUGUGCCAGCGCAUGCAGACGGCCCCCCAGGCUCCCAGUUCACCCCCAACGGACCUGUCUUCACCCACAGACCCCACCCCUCCCUACAGUUUGGUGCUCUCCGCGAUGCUAGGGACCCUUCGCCCGAUCCGCUGUCUGCCGGCCUUGUGCCGCCUCAGGGUAUGCCACUCCACGCAGGUCGACCACCGUUCGUGCCCCAUGCCUCAGGCGGGUUUGCGCAUGGCGGGCCUCCCCCGCCUGGCCUCCCUGUGCUUCCUGGCAAUGAGAUGGGCGCAUUUGGCGGAUCCAACAUGCCAUUCCCACCCGCGGAGCCCUAUUACCCUGGGGGCGCAUUUCCACCUACGCCCCACAGCUACCACGACUCUCAGUCUUCGUCGAUCCCGGAAGAUGUUGGCCCAUAUGUGCGAUUCGCCCAUGCCGGUCCUCGUCAGCCACCUGGCUUUGGCGCAGACGCACAGGGACGAGGGCCCGCGUUCCCAGGCACUCAAACAAGCCCGACUCCCAUGACGCGUCCUGACAAUGACUCUCGUGGCCUGGCUCACCACGUUGCGAGACAUUUCGGCGAUCCCACCUUCUCCGACUGCACGCUCAAUUUGAUAUUUCCAAGCGCGGCUGGACAAGAGCCUAAGAAGUACACGAUUCAUGGCCAUCGCCUCAUAUUUUCGCGCAGCAGCUCUCUGUGCGAGGUGAUGCAGAAGCAGAAUACCCAGUCCCUCCCUCAGUCCCUGACUUACUACAUAAAUAACCCCAUGAUCCAGCUCGAUAGCUUUUACCUGGCCAUCCACUCCCUGUACGGGCACCCCCUACUCGAGUCGAUGCCUCCACCUGGGGAAAACUGCACAGCAUUCGGCACCCCCAUGCAGCAAUUCAACUAUGCAUUUUCAUAUGCUGCUGCUGGAGAAAGUCUCAGGCUGGGUCCCGUUGCCUAUCGCGGCUGCGAACUGGCGGCCCGACUUGUUAAUGCCCAAACGUUUGAGAAAGCUUUCGAGCUUGCCCUGGCCAACUACGAGGACAAGGGCUCCUACGAAAACUUCCGGUUCUUCGAAGGCUCGCGCAUCUUGCUGAGCUCCGUGGUUGACUUUAUGCUUCGUGAGCUCCCCAGGGACUUCAAUCUCGACACCACCAUGGCCAACAGACCCGUAUUCGUCCGUCUGCCAUACGACACGCCUUCCCCGAGCAAGCGCGCUGCUGAGGAUUCAUCCUCGCCUGUGGUUGUUAAGGGCCACCGAGCAUCUGGCUCCAUGUCUCAGAGUCGCCAGAUACAGUUUGGUGAUCUGACCAUCGCCAACGAUGGUGACGAUGCUGCGCAGGCCACGCCCAAGCUUGGUCAGCAGGCCGCCGCUUCUCUCCGCACCGCUUUCUCUCGCCUUCUCAUCAACAUGCCCUUUGGUUACCUCAAGAUGUUCCUCGAGGCUGUGCCCGGACACCACAAUGCCUGGGCCAGUGGCGAAACGAGAUACCAGGUUGUCCAGUCUGUUGUAGCGGAGCGUGAAGCCCGCCGCCUGCGCGCGGUGGAUGCUGUGUUGGCUGGGCGUGUACCCGACUCUAUUCCUAUCCAGGCUGUGCUGCGAAGCAUCGAGCCGUCGCACUCGGCUCCGUGGGGUAUCCUCGGCUGGAAGGAAGAGAUCACCUUCCCCAACAGCGCCAGCGGACCGACCCUCACCCGCCAGUGGACGCCUAUCCGAGAUGAGCGCCGCACCUCAGUUGCCGCCUAUCCCUGAACGCGGCCUGAG